CGGACCAGACAUAAACAAACGAUGGCGGAGGCUCUACCAUGCGACUUCGAUGCUUGGUUAAAAGACACUCUAAUUGCACUAAACACAGAUGACGAAGUUUUCAGUCCGUAUAUUAAAGGGAUCUUAGAAGGAGAGGAGAACAAGGAGGAAAAGGUGGAAGCUCUACAAGGAAUUCUUACGGAGAUAACGGAUACUGGCAUUGAGGCGCUCUGUGAUGACAUCUGGAAGAAAUGGACCCUGCUUGGAGAACCGGAAGAGCCCUCAGACGCCGUGAAAAAGGUUGAGUUUGAAGAGAAGAUUGCCAAGAUUAUGGAGGUGCAGGCUCAGAGUGUGGUGGUGAACAAAACACGCUCCAAGGAGGAAGAAUCCCUGAAGAGUGCCAUAUUGGCACAAUAUGCCGAGGUAUCUGAUGGUGAAUGCACAGACGAGGAUGAGGGGGAAGAGCCGAUCCAAGGAGGCCUAAUGGGAGUGAAGAACACGAAUGCAGAGGAGGUGAUCAAAGCAGAACGCGAUAGGAGGGAGAAGAACAAAGAGGAGUCGCAGCGCAAGAAGGAAAAGGAUAAGGAGGAUAGAGCUAAGCAGAAGACCAAAGAUGAGGAAAGAAAAGAGAAGGAGAAGAAGCGCACACAGAAGGGAGAGCGAAGACGGUGAUCGUCUGCAAAUAUAGCCUGUACCAUUUUCAUUUGGAACUUAUGUUAUGCCAAUAAAUGUAUCAGCUGAUGGUUUUGAGGCAUUUGUUUAUUUACUCUUUUUUUGGAUAGAGGCUUCAGUCUUUAGCUAAGGGUGAACAUACGCAUCACUACAUGCUGCUUAUUGGGGUUGUUUCCUUAUUCCUUUCUGCAGUGAUUUUUAAGAAAUUUGAUUUUUUCUCUCUUCCUCUCACUCAUUUCUUCAUGAGGUACAUCUUGUUAAUAUUUGGAAUAAAAGUUUAUAUCUAGAUACAGAUAUGUUUUUAUCAUUAUUGUUGUUUUAUUUGCUUCAAAAAAGCCAAAAAACAAUGCAAAGUGCAUUUGUUUGUCCAUGCAAUACAUAUACAAUAGAUACUGCUGAGGUUCUUGUAGUGUGUUUGUUAAUGAAAUCUCAAGAUGCAGAGGAAUAAUUUAGGGACUGUAAAAUGUAAUACUUUCUCCACAUCCACUUUCUGUUCCUUACUACAUAUCAGACGUGUAGGGAUUUGACCCUUGCCUGCUCUUGGCUCUGUGUUUCUUAGUCCCUCAGUAUCUGUACUAGUAAGUGUCUUACUCAUUUCAAGACUUAGUAUUGUGGUCUAGCAAGGUCCAAUUGUACUAUAUCUAUAUUUUUCCUUUUUCAUAUUCAGGUUCAAAUGUUGAAUUGGUUAUCACUGAAUAUUGAUAUUUGUCUUUGUGAAUGCUUUUAAGGUCAAAUACAUAUUUUGUGAAUGCA